UGUGGGCUCACACUGUGCUGGGGUGAGAACAGAGAGGGCUGCGCUGUGCAGCUGGGGGUGGUGGUGGGAGGGUCCUGGACCCCUGCUUGUGACCCGUGACUGAUGGGGCGAGGCCCCCAGGUCCUCAUCCCUGUCCCUGUCUGCGUCAGAGCGUGGGGCCGCCUGGCCCUGCUCGCUUGCUCUCUGGGACUCUGGUUCUGAGGCUUGAGGGUGACGAUGUUUUGGCAGUGCCAGGCAGGUGCUGGGCACGCGCUGCUGGCCAGUUUGCUCCCAGCCCCCACUCUGCCUUUCCCUGCAGCUCAGGUGGGGCGCCACCCCUUGCUCUGCCUGAGAGAUCAGCCCAGCCCAACGCCCCUCUUUAAGGAUGGGGACCGAAGCCCAGAGGGCAGGGACCGGCCCACUUUGGCCAGCCAGGCUCUCAUCUCAGCCGCGGGAGGGUGGCCGUUGGCAGCCGCGGAGGAAAAUGCCAGAGAGUAACUGGGCUCAUUAAGGGCUGGGUGAGAGAGGCCCUCCUGCCCUGCCAAACGCUGGGGACAACUUCUAGGAGGCCUAGAAACUUCUUCCCCUUUGGGAGGAAGAAGCAGCUCUCCUGAGGACCCCUGGCCCAGGCGCCACUCCUCACCUGGUGGCCUCCAAGUCUCUCCCUGCCACGCCCCUUUGCAGCGGCUGAGGACCCCGUGAGCCCCACACUCACCCCUAGCUCCACCGGGACAGACGCACAGACAGGCAGACAGAAGCCCUGGGCCCCCAGCUUCCUUGUGUGAACCUGCUUCAAGUUCACGGCUGCCUGGGAAGGUGGGGAACGGAGGGAGGGUUCUCCCCCUUCCUGUGGAAAUCCCGGACAGACAGGCACCUGCCAGCUCCUUUCCUCGGCUUUCCCCUUGCCCCUCCUCCCGCCUCUCUGGCUCCAGCCCAACCCUCCCAGGAGCCCCUCCCAGACUCUGAGACUCCUCCCUCGCCACCCUGUACAGAGUAGCCCUUGGCAGGCUCUAGGGAGAGGUGGGAGAGAGCAGUGGUUAAGGACGCGAGCACCUGGGGUCCAUGGCUCACUUGGUUAAUCCUCCGCCUGCGGUGCCGGCAUCCCAUAUGGGCGCCGGUUCUAGUCCCGGUUGCUCCUUUUCCAGUCCAGCUCUCUGCUGUGGCCCAGGAGGGCAGUGGUGGAUGGCCCAAGUGCUUGGGCCCUGCACCCGCAUGGGAGGCCAGGAAGAAGCACCCGGCUCCUGGCUUCGGAUCGGCGCAGCACUGGCCGUGGCGGCCAUUUGGGGAGUGAACCAGCGGAAGGAAGACCUUUCCCUCUCUCUCUCUCUCUCUCUCACUCUGUGAGGCCAUCAUCUGUGAUGUGGAUAACAGGCUCUCCAGUGCCACCUCAUGGGGCUGUGACACUCGCAGGAGCACCCAGCGCCCAUUGUUACAAGGAAAGGUGGGCUUAAGCAGCUGAGUGGUGGACAUAGGCAGGGAAGCUUCUAGAAUCAGCUCUUGUGCCAUCUUUCCAUUGACUGGGAAGCAAGUCCACUGUUCUUGGACCCCCGGACCCCCAUCUCCUCAUCAUCUGUUAAAGGGAACGUGUGGACUAGGCCCUGUCCCCGGGCGGGCCCAGCUGGGUAUGAAGCGGCCGCUGAGCCCAUCGCCUCCGGGUGAGAAGGAGCCCCCCACAGCUGGCCCUGCGGAGUGCCCCCCUCGGCCCCCCGAAGCGCCGAAGCCCAAGCGGGAGAGGAAGCGGCCGUCGUACACGCUCUGUGAUGUGUGUAACAUCCAGUUGAACUCCGCCGCCCAGGCGCAGGUGCACUGCGGGGGGCGUGCCCACCAGAGGCGGCUUCGGCAGCUCAGCUUGGGCAAAAGCCCCUCGGGGCCAGCAGGCCCGGCCUCCAGCGCCCCCAGCCCCCUUCUGGGCUCCCUGCCCCUGCCCACGCGGCCUCUGCAGCCCCCGCUGGACCUCAAGCACUUGCUCGCCUUCCACUUCAAUGGCGCCGCCCCGCUCAGUCUCUUCCCCAACUUCAGCACGAUGGACCCGGUCCAGAAAGCUGUCAUCAGCCACACGUUUGGGGUCCCCUCCCCUCUGAAGAAGAAGCUCUUCAUUUCCUGUAACAUCUGUCACCUGAGGUUCAACUCAGCGAACCAGGCAGAGGCUCAUUAUAAAGGCCACAAACAUGCCAGGAAGCUCAAGGCCGUGGAAGCUGCCAAGAACAAGCAGAGGCCACCAACCCCGGCCCAGGAUGGGGCGGCUGCGGCGUCCCCAACCCCAACUCCGGCCAGUGGAGCCCCCAGAGAGCCACAGAGCAAAGCAGCUCCUGCAACCCCUCCUCUUGGCCCUCCACUCCAGCUACCGUCGACCCCGGACCCCACAUCAGGAGAGCCAGCCCACUCAGACCUCUUGGAUGCCGCCUCCUCUUCCUCUUCUUCCUCCUGCCCACCCUGUUCCCCAGAACCUGGGAGAGAGGCGCUAGGCCCCGAGCCGACAGCGGCGGCCGUGGGAAGCGGCGUGAGUGGGGACGGCAGGGGUGAGAAGGAGCGUCUCUACUGCCCCACGUGUAAGGUCACGGUGAAUUCAGCCUCCCAGCUUCAGGCUCACAACACAGGAGCCAAGCACCGGUGGAUGGUGGAAGGUCAGCGUGGGGCUCCCCGGAGGGGCCGGGGCCGCCCGGUACCCCGGGGAGGGCCCGGACACAAGGCCAAGAGAGUGACAGGGGGCCGGAAUGGCCGGCAGGGACCCACUCCCCCGUUUCACUGUGCUCUCUGCCAGCUCCAGGUCAAUUCAGAGACCCAGCUCAAGCAGCACAUGAGCAGCAGGAGGCACAAAGACCGCCUGGCCGGGAAGCCCCCCAAGCCCUCCAGCCAGCCCAGCAAGCUGCAGAAGCACGCAGCUCUGGCUAUGAGCAUCCUCAAGUCCAAACUGGCCUUGCAGAAGCAACUGACCAAGACGCUGGCGGCCCGCUUCCUGCCCAGCCCGCUGCCUGCCACGGCCAUCUGCGCACUGCCCGGGCCGCUAGCCCUCCGCCCUGCCCCCAACGCCGCCACCGCCGCCGCUGCUGCCACCCUCUUCCCAGCCCCCAUCCUGGGCCCGGCUCUUUUUCGCACCCCAGCGGGAACCGUCCGCCCUGCCACAGGACCCAUAGUCUUUGCUCCCUAUUAGCCUCCUGGGGAAGCCAGGGCUGAUCCCCAGCAGCUCUCCCCAUCCCCAGGCACCUGGGCGCCCUCCCUCACACAGGGGCUGCCUUUUUCCCUGUAGGGAUUCCUGCCUGACCUAGCCAAGGACUGGGCAGGCUCUAGCGGCAGCUGCCCUCCACUGCCUGGACUGGGGAUUCAACUGGUGCCCCCUUGGUCCAAGGACUGUCCCCAGCCUCCUUUCCCAGGCCUGUGGCCAGCCCUGGAUUCCCCUGCACUUUCCAGCCUGCUAACCCCAAAGAUCUAUGCAAAACUCCCAGUCCUAGCCAAGUGGUGCUGUUGUUCCCCGUAACUGAAGCCCAUGCCAUGGCCAGCCUCUAGGCACCCAGCCUCUAGGCGCCAGCGUCUCUUAAGCCCGUCUGUGCCCGGGCCUCGCUGGAUUCUCUGCAGAAUCACUGGACACAAGGGAUGGGGCCUCCAGCUGGAGUGGAUUCAAAGCUGUCAGGAGGAGGGUGUGGCAGAGGGCGGAGGAGAAAGGGGGAUCUUGCAAUGCACUUGUGGGAGGAUAGCGCCGAGAGGGCUGAGGAACUGGGCUGAAAGCUUUGGGGACCUCAUCUGCUCCAGUGGGGUGGGGUGGGGUUAGGAAACAGGUAGGUGAGGGAGAUGUUCUGGCUGGGCCCAGGUUUUUUUCUUUUUCUUUUUCUUUUUUUUUUAAGAUUUAUUUAUUUGAAAGGCACAGAGUUUGGGAGCUAAAGAGAGAAAGAGACAGAGACUUUCCAACCACUGGUUCACUCCCCAAAUGGCCACAAAGGCCAGGGCUGCGCCAGGAGCCCAGCACUUCACCUGGGUCUCUCACAUAGAUGGCAGGGGCCACCUUCUGUUGCUUUUCCAGGGGCAUUAACAGGGAGCUGGAUCAGAAGUGGAGCAGCAGACUUGAACCGUUGCCCAUGUAGGCGGCGGGUCAAGCCUCACUUAACCCACUGUACCUCAACGACAGCCCCCUGGGCCGUUUUAAUGGAGAAGCUCCCCCCUCUGCAGUCUUUCAAGUCCUCUCCAGUCCCUCAGGCUAAGGACCCUGCUAACACCAGACCCCCAGGGUCCCCAGAGCAAGCGCGUGCCCCUACAGCUUGCACCCCAAACAUCCCCAGCACUCGACCCGGCUUCCCUGCUCCCAGCCAGCCCCGUCACGUGGUGUUGGGGUUCAGCCUGACGCAUGCUCCCAAGAGCACUCCUAGGCCGUCAAAGUCGGUGUCAUAAGCUCCAGGCCCGAACCCUGCCCUCUGCAGCCCACAGUGUCCGCCCGCGUCUUUUGUGCAAGGACAUUUCCAAUGGGGGAACGAGAAAGGGGGGAGGGGAGGAACCCUUUUUGAUAACAGCAGUGUGGUUUUAUUGUGUCCAGUGCAUCAAUAAACGAACUGUAAGCCCAGCCCAUGGACGCCCCGCUCCUCCUCGCCCUGCGCGGGCACCUGUUCCUGCUCACCUCCUCUGGCCUGGAGGCUGCUGGGCUGCAGCGCUCCCAGGUGGGCAGGUGUGCACAGUAGGAGAACGGAGCUGGGGGGUCACGGCCCACUUGGUGGCGUGUGUGACACUGUCCGAGCCCGGCCACUCCAGAGAAGCAGCUGCUGGCUGGCCCUGUCCUGUUCAGGGGUGUGAGGUAAGGCAGGCAAGAGGAGCACCUUCUCCCGCCUUCAGCACGGCCGCAGGCAUAUAAAUACAGGUAACUUAAAUAGAAGUUCCG